AUGAAACCCCUCAACCCCAUCCUCUUCAUCCUCGUCCUCCUCACGGCCCAGCUGGGUUGCAAGGCUGCUUCAACUGCCUCUCCCGUGGGCUCGGAUGUCCAGGAGAUGGGUCACUCCCCUGGGGCUUCUGAAAAUUCCACUGGAGCCCAGACUAAUGUAGAGUUCCCAGGGACCCUUUCCCCUGAACUCUCCAAGAUAGCUCACACUGUCUCCCAUGAGAAUUCAUCCCUUGAUUCUACUGAAGCCCCUGGUCUUGACCUCCAGGAGACCCCACACUCAAAGUCUCCACUGACCCCAAGGGCUGGCCCAUUCACAACCGCUAUACCAGAAUCCCUGGACACCCCCAAAACUAACCCUACCAAAGCAACACGUCCAGAACCUCCUGAGUCCUCAAAAACUAACCUGACUGAAACUUCAGACCCAGGGCCCCCGGAGGUCCCCGAACCUAAUCCCUCCAAAAUUUCACACCCAGAAUUUUCUGACCCUACACAAACUACACGCCAAGAAACCCCAGAAAUUUCCAAACUGACUGCCACAGAAAUUCCACCUGCUACCCCAAGUCUUGAGCCCAUCAAUUCCUUAAACCUCAAAUCUCUAGAAACCCAUGACCCUGUCACCACUGGGACCCCAUACUCUGAAUUACCCCCCACCACCCGUCCUGACUCAACCGGAAGUACCCACCUAGAGUCUCAUGUCCCCCAUACCCUCAGCCACACUGAGAUUCCUGAAACAGAACUCCCCACAUCCCACUAUCGGGGUGCCACGGAGACCCCCACGACCUCCGAUACUGGAACCUCAACAAACCUUUACCCAAAAACACCUGCGGCCUUUCUGGAGGGGACUACUGCUCUGAGUGACCCAGAAGCCCUUGCAGCCACUCACCCUGACAUCCCAAUAUUGCCCCCCUCAGAAUCUCCAGGGGAGGUCCCUCCAAACUCAGACCCUAAGGGGCUGGACACCCCUCCUCCCUCUGCCCGCAUUGCAGGGCCCCCUGCUCCCCCAGGGCCCCCCAGUCAGCUGGCCCCUGACAAUCCCCGGGCCCCAGAGCGGAGAGGCCGCGGUGAGAGAGUCAACACUAUCAUUGUGGUGGAGCGAGUGAAAGAGACAGGCGUGGCUCUGGUGGGGCGGCCCCGCGGUGGCGGCGGCGGGGCUCUAUGCCUGUUCUUCGCGGGGACCGGGCUGUUGAUCGGCGUCGUCUUGCUGCUGUGGUGUCUCUACCGCCGGGCGGCCCGGCAACGGCCCUUCUCCCACCACCGGCUCCCGGACGGCGGGGAUGAGCCGGUUAUGCACGUCAACGCCCCGAAGGAUCCCUACGACCUCUAUUUUUAUGCGCCUGAUGCUUGGAUCCCAUCGCACAUCGCCACCAAGCAGCCGCCGUCCACUCCCCCGCUGCCGCCCAAGCUGCCCCCGCCCCCCCGCGGGGGGCGACCCCAGCCCCUGGAGGCCUUGUCUCCUGCCACGCUGCCCAACAAUUUCGUGUGA